AUGAGGGCCUUUCGGGAAGCUUUAGAGGAGUGUGGAUUGAUAAUUAUUGGGUUUAAGGGGUAUAAAUUUACAUGGUCUAACAGAUGGCAAGGUGAUGGGAAUGUAAAGCUAAGGCUGGAUAGAAUGGUGGCUAAUGGUGACUUUUUUAGGACUUUUCCUGAGGUAACAACGCAUCAUCUGAAUUCUAUUGUGCCUGACCAUCUUCCUUUGUUGUCGUAUUUGAGACCAAGUACUUGGGAGAGGAAGCAUAAGCGGUUUUUGUUCGAGGAAAUGUGGACUACUGUUGAGGGUUGCCAAAACGUCAUUACGCAUGCUUGGGAGUUUGAGACUGGAACUGUAGUAGAGAAAUUGAAGGCAUGUCAAGGGUCUCUGCGGACGUGGAAUAAUGCCCAUGUAGGCCGAAUACCCACAAAGCUCCGAAGUCUGCGGCAGAAAUUAGAUGACAUCCAAAGGAGAAGUUUCUCCCCAGUAGUUGAGUUUCAACAGAGAGAUAUAUGUAGGGAAAUAGAUGUGUUACUGGAAAGAGAAGAAAUGUUGUGGAGGCAGAGAUCGCGGGUCUCAUGGAUGAAAUAUGGGGACAAAAACACAAGAUUUUUCCAUGAACAUGCAAAAAUGUGGGGACGGCAGAAUCUGAUUAAGGCUAUUGUAGAUGAUCGGGGGAUUUGGUGUACAUCUACUGAAAGUAUUGGUAGUGUUUUCUGUGAGCAUUUUCAAGGCUUGUUUGCUUCCAAUGGACUACAUGAGGUAGGAGUAGUCACUGAGGUGAUUAAGCCGAUACUCACUCCAUCUCAAAAUUUGCGCCUCAAUCAAGUUUUCUUAAGGGAGGAGAUUGAAACUUCCUUGGGACAAAUAUUUCCUACUAAGUCUCCAGGAGUGGAUGGUAUGUCGGCACUGUUUUAUCAGAAGUAUUGUGGGGUGGUAGGCGUUGAUGUGGUAGGGUUCUACCUUAAUGUCUUGAAUGGGGUGCCAGUGUAA